CGACAAAAAGAGAAACCAAAAGAUAUGGUUGAAAUAAAAAACCUGUGUCAGUCAAGCAUAAUGCGAUUUUUAUCGAUGUGAUUUUUUGGUUCCUUUAUUUUUUUUUUGAUUUGCAGUGGUAUAAAAAGAUAAAGGGCGAUGAAUCCAAGUAAAUUUGUCUUCCUUUUCCUGCUUUGAUCUCAUCCAGCGAAUGCGUCGUCAAGAAACCCCACUUGAAAAUUCCCCUCAUAAACGAAUAAAGACGAAUUCUUCAGCCCACGACUCAAUGCUCUAUCAUGCCACACAAAGACAUCCAGCCGAACAGGAUCCAUUGAUGCAAACCGAUCCUUUCCGUAAAGAAGACCCCCAGUCCAUGCAUCCUCCUUAUCGUCCCUUGACCGUAGCAUCUCAACCGUCUUCUGUCACUUUACCGGCGUCCUUUUCUACUGCAUCCGCUUCUUCCUCGGCUCAAAUACCCACCUUUCAUGCUCAUGCUACUGCUCAGCGCCUUCCGCCCCUUUCCAGCAUACUGCCACCCCCUUCCUCAUCCACUCUGACUGCGGCGCCUUCCUCCCGUCUCAGACCCACCUAUCAUUCGCUCCCUUCCGUCGGUGUGGUCAGACGCCCUUCCACCGCUUACAUUCCUCUGAUCCCCUUCUUUUACCAUCAUCCGCAAUUCGGAAUCGAAUCAUGUAUGUUGCAAUGGACUCAACAACGCGAGUUUUAAAAAAGAAAAAAAAAAUUGUCAAGCAACAUUGGUGUAUCACCAGGAAAUAAUCCCGAAAAGAAAAUCCCACCGUCUCCCUCCCCCAUCGGUUAUGCAUCCAUCAUCUCCAUUUCCUCCAUCCCCAUAGGCAAACACUAGGCAAACCAUAUUAUUUCACUUGGCAUAUCAUUCUCCCAAUCAUAUGAUGGAUAUUUAAUGUAAAAAAUAAAAAUAAAGCGC